GCUCAACACCAGCACUUACUGACCCAACAACAACAACAAAUCUUGAAACCAACAUAGAAAUCUUUUUCCAUCAAAAUCCAACAUACCCACUUCCUCUCAUCUUUUUAUUCACCUAAAUCCAUCUAAAAGUUUACAUCUUUUUCACAAAAAAAUAAAAAUAAAAAUAAAUCAUGGGUGUAGUAAAGUCAGCAAUUGGCGAUGGAGUGUUGACUUUCAUGUGGGUAUUUUGUGCAUCCACACUUGGUGCAGCAACUUCAUACAUAGCUACAGCAAUUGGGGUUAAAGGAUUGCCACCCCUUUUGAUUACAACUUCAUUAAUUUUUAUACUUUUGUUUGUGUUUGGAAUUAUUGGUAAUUUGUUAGGUGGUGCUAGUUUUAAUCCUACUGCUACUGCUGCUUUUUAUGCUGCUGGUCUUGGCAGAGAUACACUUGUUUCCGCUUCUGUUCGCUUUCCAGCUCAGGCACUAGGUGCAGUUGGUGGUGCAUUGGCAAUUGUUGAGCUGAUGCCAUUGGAGUACAAACACAUGCUCGGUGGACCUUCCGUAAAAGUUGACUUACAUACUGGUGCUAUUGCUGAGGGAGUGUUGACUUUUGUGAUGUCCUUUUUGGUCCUCCUCAUUAUUCUCAAAGGCCCCAGGAGUCCACUGAUCAAAAAUUGGAUGCUUUCGAUGUCGAUUGUGUCUAUGGUGGUUCUUGGUUCUGGUUAUACAGGUCCUUCAAUGAAUCCCGCAAAUGCGUUUGGUUGGGCGUAUGUUAAUAAUCGUCAUAAUACAUGGGAGCAGUUCUAUGUUUAUUGGAUUUGUCCGUUCAUAGGUGCAAUAUUCGCUGGUUGGAUAUUCCGUGUUUUCUUUCCAUUACCUCCGAAGAAGAAGAAGACCGCUUGAAAUUAAAACAAAUUUAGCUGUCUUUUAGGUAACAAAUUAUUGUUUAAGCAUUAGACUUCUUAUUCAUGGAGAAUAUUGUUUUACAUACAAAUGUUAUGUAUCUCAAUCUCAAUGUUAAUUUAAGUUUAUAUGUCUAAACUUAAGUAA